AUGGAUUUUACCAAUAAACCAGGGCCACCACCAACAAACACAAUACCUGCAAAAAAUAACUGGGUAUAUAAGUAUAUUCUUAAAUAUUGUCUUAUUCGAGCAGAAGAACGUACUUUACAGAGUGAAAGGUGCGAUGAUAAUAUAUUUGAUGAUGUAACUUCUAAAGAACUUAUCAAACUGGAAGAAGAAUAUGAUGGUGCUUUAUCGCACACUAGUUAUGAUUCACAUUUAAAUGUGAUAGAAAAAGACAAGGAUAUCGAAAAAUGUAUAGAUCAAGAAGAUAUAAAAAUUGAACCAAAUACUUCUGAAUAUGAAAAUUUAAGUAGUGAACUAUCUUCGUAUAAAAUUGCAAACUCUGAUAUUUCCAAUUCUACAAGCACUGAAAGUGAGAAAGCUAAUAGUGCAACGACUGUGAAAGACAAUGUAUCAUAUAAACUGUUUUCCAUUGGACCACAAUCUUCAGAACAAAAUGAAUUAAUGAAAAACGUUAUUAAAGAGUAUAAAAUAUUAGUUAGAACAAAAACAGAUGGAUUUCAGAUUUUACCAAACAACAUGCAAAAAUUAUUAAUAUUAGCACCAAAAUUGGAAUAUCAAGCUGACUUGGGUGCUGAAGCUGUAACAUUAGAAGAGGCAUUAAAACAAUGGAUAUCUUUAAUAUUUAGACCGCAUACAUUUCUUGCAAGAGUUCGAAUAUCUGCAACAAAGUCAGAAGUAUUACAAAUAGAACAACGCACAGCGAUGUCUAUAAAUAAUGAAAUCAAACGCCUCUAUAACAUAAAAGUUGAAGAUUCUUUAACAGUUUUACACAAUGUUAUUCAGUCAUUUUCCAAUUUAUCUCCAGGACGUUAUAUUAUGAGGCACACUAUAAGACACGGGGCGUUUGCAAUUAUUUAUAAAGAAGUUGAAAGCCCUGGGAAAAAUACGUUUGAUUUACAUACAGUUUACACUGAACAGUGCCAUACUUUAGCUAAUCCUCCUUGGAUCCCAUUGGAUAAAAUAGUACCCACUCCAAUGCUUAAGUGUUUUGAGAGAAUGCCGGCUAUGUUUUAUCCAUUAAUUGGAAAAGGAACUCAAUAUAAUAAAAAAUAUACAAAGACAAAUCAAGUUAAAACAGAAAAGAUACUUGUCAUACAAUUGUAUCAUAAAUAUUCAGAUUUUAUACUUCCAUUUUAA